CUCUACCUCGUGUAACAGACUUGGUAUUUUGCAUUGCUAGGUUUAAGGAGGUCACAUUGCUCUGCCAAAGAUUGAACACUCUUUAUUUACAAGUCAGAUACUUUUGACCCAGAGGAAUAUAACGACAAACAUGAAUGCUUGUGGAAAACAAGGUGAAGUCUACCUACAGCGGCAGAAACAUGGUGAGAAGUGGAAGCGAUAUUGGCUGUCCCUCCAUCCGCCUAGUCUGCAAGGCGUCGCACGGUUAGAACUGUCAGAGGCUGUUCCUGAACGAUCGACCGUGGUGGUCAGACGACAUCCAGAGAGAAAAGUUGUACGUCUGUCCGACUGUGUGAGCGUUGUCAAACUGCCCCCUCAUGCAGAGGCAUGUCCGGGGGAAAACAUGGCAGCGUUCUGCGUGGAGACAGACGACAAGAGGCUGGUGUUUGCAGCGGAGAAACAAAGCUGUGUGGAAUGGGUGAAAAUAAUAUGCAGCAUUGCUUUUCAGAAACACAAUACUAGCGGCCCACAGUGCACCCCUCUUAUGGAAGACAACCAGAUCUACAUGUCUAGAGAACAACUUAUCACAUUCAAAGUGCUUGUGCUGCAGACCGAGGCGUCUGUCCGUUGCAAUCUGAAAGGACAGUACUGGCUAUUAGCUGAUGAGGACAUGCUGAUCCUCCAAGAUCUGGAGACCAGAAAGACUGUAAUGGAGUGGCCGUAUGCGUUGCUGCGCCGCUAUGGGCGAGAUAAGAUGGUGUUUUCUAUAGAGGCAGGACGGCGCUGUGAAUCAGGACCUGGGACGUUUAACUUUGAGACGAGACAAAGCGAUGAGAUUCUCCACCUUAUCGAGUCAGCAAUUCGCCAACAGAAGAGUCUGACGGUUACCGGAGGCAAACAGUCACCACGCUCACCACGUUCUCGUUCACCUCGCUCACCCCUGCCGAAACGUCCUGAAAGUUACCCUGAGAGCAGCAGCCCUGACAGAAGUGAAAUAAAUGAAAGUGUGUACUCUAAAUCAGCGGAUGCUCUUUGCUCGAAUAUCUAUGCCAAUCCCUUACAUAAAAAACCUGCAAGUCCUAUUGGCGUAGCAGAACCUGCAUAUGCAAAAUCUUCCGAUUCUUUAGGCUCCUCUAAAAGCACACAUUCGGAUCCUGGUGGCUGGCCCUUGCUGAUUGAGCCUGUGUAUACAGAUCCUGCUGUUUUAAUUGCCAGACCUGAACCUGUGUAUGCGCAGCCAGCAGAAAUCUUUAAAUCCCAGUCUACUACAAAGAAAGAUCAGUCCACAGUCCAGUCUAGCCUCCCGUUUCAUCAUCAGGAUGAUUCAGAGCCGGUGUAUUCUGACCCUGCUGAUGUCAUUCGCUCAUGCCCAAAACCUAACAAUUGUGUCUGUCCCAACCCUAGUGACUCAAUGAACUGUCAGGUUGCAAAGCCAACAUCUAACAAUGGCAAACAGCAGGAACCGGUGUACUCUGAGGUGUACGAUCAUUUUAAACUAAACUUGAGUAAACAAACAGACCAGAUGAUCGAAGAGCCAAUUUAUAGCAUACCUGAGGUUGUUACAAACCAAAGCAAUAACUCUCCGUUCAAAAACAUGCCUGAUGAGGUGACGGCUAUCUACAGCACAAUUAACAAACCACCCAAAACACCUCAGCAUCUCCAAGAAAGGAACCUGAGCCAAACACCAGAGAUUGUCUGUGAGGACCUUGGAAUGAUUUAAUCAAGCCUAUCAUAGACUUCAUCUUCACAAGCAUGUGUCUUAAUUGUGUAGCAUGUCGUUUUAAUAUUUGUAUUUUAUUAAUUUAUUUAUUCAUUCUAGAUGUUGUGGAAUGUCAUCAAUAAAAAUGUGUUUUUGGUUA